AUGGAUGCCAAGGAUCUUGACGAGUAUCACAAUGGCGAGUCUAAUCACAUCGAGGCCAGUCAAGAGAUCUUCUGGACGGAAGAGGAGGAGGAGAAGCUCGUCCGCAAGAUCGACCUCUUCCUGUUACCGAAUAUCUGGAUCAUGUACUUGCUCUCUUACAUGGACAGGACCAAUAUUGGAAAUGCCAAAGUUGCAGGCAUGUCUGAUGAUCUGGGUCUCACGUCUUCUCAGUAUAGCAUCGUCCUCGUUGUUUUCUUUAUUGGCUAUGUCGUCUUCGAGCCGCCGUCCAAUAUGAUUCUUGUUCGAUCUCGACCGUCCCUCUAUCUCCCAGCAAUCAUGUGCCUCUGGGGCAUUCUGACAUGCGUCAUGUCGGUCGUCCAGCACUACCAUCAUCUUAUCGUUCUCCGGGUCUUCAUCGGUAUAGUGGAAGCCGGCUUCGCCCCUGGUAUUCUACUGAUCAUUUCCUCCUGGUACAAACGGAAGGAACAGUCCAGGCGCUUUGCCGUAUUCAUAUCGGCGGCUAUUCUCUCCGGAGCAUUUGGCGGGCUCAUCGCAGGGGGGAUCACUGACGGUCUCGAGGGUGUCCACGGAAUUCGCGGUUGGCGGUGGCUGUUCAUCGUCGAGGGCGCAGCUACCGCAGGGUGGGCGAUCAUUUCGAAAUUCCUGCUUCUCGAUUACCCAGGAACCUCGAAAAGGCUGACGGAGCGGGAAAAAGCCAUUGCUGCUGCCCGGCUGCAGGAAGGCGUCAUUGCCAGGGGCGCUGAUGAGCGUAUCGGAAAGCUACAGGGAUUUUGUAUGGCCUGCAAAGACUGGAGAACGUGGGGAUUCACUAUCGGCUACAUGGUCAUCGUUGGCUCCUCAACCCUAACCUACUUCUACCCGACCCUGGUCUCUGGCCUCGGGUACACUGGCCGGAUGGCGCAAUACAUGACUGUCCCAAUUUACGCCGUUGCCUUUGCCUGCACAAUGAUCACGAGUGUCAUUAGCGACAAACUCCCGACAUACCGUGGCCUCAUCAUAGCCAGCUGGCUGACCGUCUCCAUGGUGACCUCCAUCAUCGUCUGCGCCGUCUACGAUUUCACAACGCGGUAUGCCCUCCUCGUCAUUAUGGCUGCAGGACUAUGGGUGUCCAACGCAACCUCGCUAAGUUUUGCCUCCUCGUCAUUCGGCUCCAUGGAUCCCGAAGUGCGCGCACAGUCGCUGGCUCUCAUGAACGCGCUAGGCAAUCUGGCGCAAAUUUACGGCGCUUAUCUCUUCCCUUCUGACGACGAGCCAAAAUAUCUCAUGGGCUUUGGCGUUAUCUCUGGAAUGUUAGGUGUUGGUGUUGCUACGUAUAUUCUUAUGUUUGCUCUUUGUAGGGAGACUGUUUUUGCUAUUUCUGACUAUCUUGUUCGAUAG